GCUCUACGAGAACAGGUCUGUUGUUUGGGAGAGCUUUGAUAUCCCGACCGACACAAUCUUAGGAGGCCAGAAUUUAAGCCUUGAGUUGAUUUCCAGUGUGUCAAGUUCAAACCACUCAACUGGCCAUUAUUAUAUGCUCUUGAAGUCUUAUGGGCUUGUAGCCAGUUUAAAUAUUUCUUCUGCAGCUGCUUAUGAGUACUGGGUCUUCCGUACUGGCUUUUCUUCCCCCGUGUUGAAUCUCAAUGAGAGUGGCGUUCUAGUACUGUAUUCAUCACUAAGUUUCGACCAAGAAAACGUUUUGGCAAACGGCUCGAUAGCUGGGAACGAAACAAUGAUUAUCUAUAGAGCAACCCUUGAUUAUGACGGUGUUUUCAGAUUGUACUCGCAUCAACUUGAAAGCAAUACUAUGUCAAACAAGUGGCAGAAUUUGGAUGAUGAAUGUGAGAUUCCAGGUCGGUGUGGGUUGAACAGCUACUGCUCCACCAGCAGCGGUAACGAUACUGAGUGCUAUUGCUUUCCUGGUUUCAUAUUUAUCGACGAGAAUGCCAAAUUCCUGGGUUGCUCUCAGAAUUUCACUGUAGAUGGGUGCGAGACUAAGAGAGAUGUAGUGAUACACAACAAUAGCACUACCUUAGACAAUAUGUCUUGGGCUGGUAAUCUUUAUUCUGUGAAGCGUAAUCUGGAGAAGGAAGACUGUAAGAAAGCUUGCGAGGAUGAUUGCUCCUGUGGUGGAGCUCUUUAUAGCCCAAAUCACUGUAGCUUGUAUUCAUUGCCGCUUAAAUAUGGUAGAAAACAUGUAAAUAUAACAACCACAGCCUUCAUCAAGUUGAUUCCGGGUAGCACCAUUAGCCCCCCACCUGAAACAAGUCCAAUGUUGAUAAGCGAAGCAAACCAAAACCUCAUUUUAACUAUGGGCUUAAGUUUGGGUUCCGUUGCAAGCUUGUGUUUUGUGAUUGCAAUAUGUAGCUUCUUGUUAUACAGGCAUCGGGUCCAAAGUUAUGAGAAGCUUUUAGAAAGUAAAAGUUCAGGAUUUGCCGAGCAAUUUACACUACGAUCAUUCACUUUCAAUGAGCUAGAUGAAGCAACACAAGGUUUCCAAGAUGAGUUGGGUAGAGGCUCUUUUGGAGCGGUUUAUAAAGGAACUUUGCCAGGGGAUGGUAAAAGUAUUGCUGUUAAGAGAUUAGGAAUGGUUAAGGAAGGAGAAAGGGAUCAGUUCCGAACUGAGAUGACAGCCAUUGGAAGAAAUAACCACAGGAAUUUGGUCCGAUUGCUUGGAUUUUGUGUGGAAGGUUCAAAGAAGUUCCUUGUUUAUGAAUACAUGAGCAAUGGCUCACUAGAGGAUUUUCUAUUCAACAGGAAUGAACGCCCGGUUUGGAAACAGAGAACCAGAAUAGCGUUGGACGUGGCUAAAGGUAUCCUUUAUUUACAUGAAGAGUGUGAGGUGAGUAUCAUCCAUUGCAACAUCAAGCCCAGCAACAUACUCUUGGAUGAUUCAUUGACUGCUAAGAUUUCGGAUUUCGGAUUGGCAAAGCUAUUGAGGCCUAAUCAAACAAGCAGUACAAGUGGAACAGCAUGGUACUCGGCACCUGAAUGGCAAAACAGUGCAUUGUUAUCGGUAAAAGUUGAUGUAUACAGUUUCGGAGCGAUACUGUUGGAGAUCGUAUGUUGCAGGAGCAACAUAGAAGUAGAAGGUCGCAGUGCAGAUGAGAUACUGCUUUCAACAUUUGUAUACAAUUGCUUUGUUGGGGGAGAGUUGAAUAAGCUCGUGGAAGGUGAAGAAGAAGUGGACAUGAAAAUGGUGGAAAGGUUUGUGAAGGUGGGGCUUUGGUGCAUUCAAGAUGAUCCCAAUUUGCGUCCACUGAUGAGAAAUGUGAUCUUGAUGCUGGAAGGAACAAUGAAUGUACCGAUCCCUCCAUCUACAUCACUUCCCCAUAAAUUUUGGUAUAUAACAAAAUAUCUAAAGAUAACUUAUAUUUAUUAUUUCGUCAUCACUUCAAAAAUAGAAGAGAGAACCACCAUAUUUCCCAUGGCUUGGGUGUGGGCUCUUCUCUUGCUCCUUUCUUCUCUCUGCGUGAAGCAGUCAAGCAGCAUCAUUUCGCUGGGAUCUUCGCUUUCCUCGGCCACUCAAUCCAUCCCAUGGCGUUCCCCUUCUGGUCGCUUUGCAUUUGGCUUUUACAGUCAAGGCGGUGGCCUUUCUGUUGGAGUUUGGUUAGACGGCGGAGGAAAGAACGACAACAAAGUUGUAUGGACAGCGAAUCGUGAUGAUCCGCCGGUCACUUCGAAUGCUACUCUGAUAUUAAAUGAAAACGGUGUGCUUCUUUCGAUCGCUGUGAGCGGAGAAAAGAAUGUUAUUGCGUCUCCAAACAAUUCGGCUAUCAGUGUCUUCUCUGCCUCCAUGCUAGAUUCAGGCAAUUUUGUGCUCUACAACAAAGACAAUCAUACCAUUUGGGAGAGUUUCAAGCAACCUACAGAUACCCUUUUAGGUGGUCAGACUUUAUUAACUAAUCACGAGUUGAUCUCCAGUUCAUCAGAGAAUGAUCACUCACCUGGAAGGUUUCAUCUAAGUAUGCAACUAGAUGGUAAUCUCGUUCUAUACCCUCGACAGUCCGAAGAUUCUACUAUAAAUGCCUAUUGGAGCACAAAUACUUUCGGGAUGGGCUUGUCGCUCCGCCUUUUUCUUAACGCCACAGGCCUCCUCCAACUCAUCAACAACGAUAAUUCGUCCAUCUACAAGACAAUUAAUCUUUCCUUUUAUCCAGAGCCGACCUACAAUGACUACAACGAAAGCAGCAGCAACAACAACAGUACUGUUUUCAGUGCAAGUCUUGAUGUUGAUGGGAAUUUCCGGUUAUAUGCGUAUCUGUUUGAGCGAGAUGGUGGGUUUCAGACUUAUCCACUAUUGAGGGCGUUGUUAAACUCCUGUAAAGUUAGAGGCUUUUGUGGUCUCAACAGCUAUUGCACAUUUAAUGAUAACCGACCUUACUGUGCAUGCCUUCCCGGGACUGAUUUUAUUGAUCCUCUUCAGAACAACCUCGGCUGCAAGAGAAAUUAUUCUGAAGCACACUGUAAAGGAGGGAAGGCCAAUAUACCCUUUUAUAACAUGACUUCAAUGCCAGGUCUUGAAUGGACUACGGGCAGUUUUUACGGUAAAGAGCGAUUGUCCAAGGAUGCGUGCAGCCGAACAUGUUUGGAAGACUGCAAUUGUGAGGCAGCACAGUUCGACAAUGGGAUUUGCAGGAAACAAAAGCUUCCACUCAGGUAUUUGCUACGAGAUCCUGAUGCCCAAGUGAAUUCUACAGUUUUAUUGAAGGUGGGAAUCAUAAGCCUUGAAGCAGACAACGACACUGUUCCCUCUGAAUUAAAGCCACCCAAAGUCCUAAUCAAACGGAAGAAUACGACGGUGCUAAUUCUUCUAACUUUCAGUUUUGUUGCAUGUUCAUGUGCUUUGCUUACAAUCUCUGGGGUAUACAUUUAUAAAUUUCGAGUUCUAAGAUACAAAAGGCUGUUGGAACUUGGAAAUUUGGGCCUAACGGAAGAGCUGACGUUGACAUUGUUUUCAUACAAAGAACUAAAGAGAGCAACAAAUGGGUUUAAAGAAGAGUUGGGUAAAGGAUCCUUUGGAGCAGUCUACAAAGGGUCUUUAAACAGAGGAAGACAGUUGAUUGCAGUGAAGCGACUGGAGAAGUUAGUGGAAGAAGGUGAAAAAGAGUUCCAAGCAGAAAUGCGAGCAAUUGGUGGAGCUCACCACAAGAAUUUAGUUCGAAUUUUGGGAUACUGUGUUGAGGAUUCCAAGAGACUAUUGGUGUAUGAGUACAUGGGCAAUGGCUCCCUUGCAGAUCUACUUUUCAAGUCAACAAAGCCCCCAGAUUGGGAUGAAAGAACAAGAAUAGCCCUGGAUGUUGCUAGAGGAAUCCUCUAUUUGCAUGAUGAGUGUGAGACUCCAAUCAUUCACUGUGAUAUAAAGCCGCAAAACAUAUUGAUGGAUGAUUUAUGGAGAGCUAAAAUUUCAGACUUUGGGCUGGCAAAACUGUUGAUGGGAGAUCAAACAAGGACGUUCACAGGUGUAAGGGGAACUAGAGGAUACAUGGCACCAGAGUGGCAGAAAAAUACUCCAAUAUCAGUGAAGGCUGACAUUUACAGUUACGGAGUUGUGCUGUUGGAGACUGUGUUUUGCCGACGGAACUUGGACACCAAUGUAUCAAAACCAGAGGAGGUCAUUCUAUCAAGUAUGGUGUAUAGAUGUUUGGUUGAAAAGGAGUUGGAUAAGCUAAUGCUUGGUGAAGAAGUGGAUAAAAGAAGCUUGGAAAGAAUGGUGAUGGUGGCACUUUGGUGUAUUCAAGAUGAACCAGCUCUUCGUCCUUCCAUCAAGACUGUAGUAAUGAUGCUGGAAGGGAUCACUGAUAUAUGUAUUCCUCCAUGUCCAACUGCUUCCUUCAUCUAG